AUGCUGAUUACCCAGUAUCACCCGAUUCUUGGCAUUUGGAACGAUAAGUGGGAAGAAGACUGGGAAGAAUACUAUGGUUAUGAUCCGGAGGCAGCCAGGGAAUUGAUGGCUCAGGCUGGCUACAGUCCGGAGAACCCCAUGCCCUUUACUUCGUACAACUACUUCUCGGCGGACGAGCCGGAAACGGCAGUGAUGCUCGAGGCCUUGAUUAACUACUGGGAGCCUGUGGGAAUCGACGUGACUCUGCUGGAUAGUGAAUGGGGCUCGGUUCGCAAGAACUACAGGGAACGGACUGACUUCAUCAAGAAGGGCGGUUGGGGUAACGUCAUCACCAUGCGGGCUCUAACUACCCACCUGCGCAACUCGAGCUCGGCUGGCGGUACCGGCGGAGCUUACCACUCUGAGGUGAUCGAACGUAACUAUGCCGCAUUCCAAGCCCUGGGUACGGUAGAUUGGGAUGUGAAUUAA